GAGUGGCAGAUGAAAUAGUUAGACCGAAGCCUAAAGCUCUUAGCGAAAAGCAUGUCGAACAAGAGGAAUUAUUGCGUCAGACCACCAUAGAGAAGUUGGGAGAGAGACACAACGCUGAAUUAUAA